CUCCUGGAGAAGCUGCUGUACCUGCACUGCAGCAGCGCGCGACCCCUCUGCUCCUCUGAGGCAUCACCCACCAUCCAUCCAUCCAUCCAUCCAACCAUCCGCCGGGAACAGGUAUGCACUGUGAGGACUCUGUGAUAGUGAAGCGCAGCUGCAGGCAGAGCACCUCCAACUGAUGAAGACGCAGCGCCAGGACGAGAGAGAUCAGGAAGAAAUCGGUGCAGCGCACAAUUUGCUGAGUGUUUGAUGAAAGCUGAGCGGAGAAGAAACCCGUGCGUCAGCGUGUCCUUGCACCGCGGGGACGUGCGCUAAGUAACGGGGGAGGAGGUGGACGGAAACAUGCAACAUAAGUGACAGUGGAAAGCAGGUAGUCUACUACGCAAGAGCGCGCUCCCUCCGGACCUCCUCACUGAACUUUACCCGCUGAGCUCUGACGCGAUGGCUGCUGCCGCCGCCGCUGGUGGUGUCAGUACUCUGGGAGAAGUUGGAGGCGUCUUGCACGGCAUCGAUGGUGUCGCACACGUCGGGUCCCAUUUCCUGCUGAGCCCACUUGGGGACAGUCCGACGCUGCUGGGAGGAGAGCACCUCAUACCUGGGGACAGACUCUCCCGCAGCACCGCGGCGGAUUUAACGCACCUGAAGGGGAUUCUGAGGAGAAGACAGCUGUACUGCAGGACUGGAUUUCAUCUAGAAAUACUUCCGGAUGGCACGGUGCAAGGGACGAGGAAAGACCACAGUCGAUUUGGUAUUUUGGAAUUCAUAAGCCUUGCAGUUGGCUUGAUAAGCAUUCGAGGAGUGGACAGUGGACUCUACCUGGGGAUGAACAACAAGGGAGAGUUGUAUGGCUCUGAGAAGCUCUCGGCAGAAUGUGUCUUCAGGGAGCAGUUUGAGGAGAACUGGUACAACACAUACUCGUCCAACCUCUACAAACACGGAGACAAAGGGACACGUUAUUUUGUGGCAUUAAAUAAAGACGGGACGCCAAGGGAUGGGACUAAAUCGAGGCGGCACCAAAAAUUUACACACUUCUUGCCCAGACCCGUGGAUCCUGACCGUGUUCCAGAACUGUACAGAGACAUCCUGGGACACAGUUGAGACCUGGGAAGCCUGCUGCAGAUCAGGAAUAGCUGCUAAAACCCUGGCAAGCAGGGAGCAGAGAAGAGAAAGAGGGACGCAUGCAGGGAUGUGGCCGAUGCAGGCUGGUGGACAGCAGUCCGCCCAGCGGGGAUAAAGGUGCCGGGGCCUCUUGUAGGAAUGCAUGGUUCAUCUCUCAGCAGCCAGGAAGACAGGUUAGAAUGUCUGCACGCUUGGCAUGAGGGGGUCAUUUGUUUCAGUGGCCGGACGACCCUCAAACUUACCUGCGCGAGGACAGGAGACGGAUCGGAAACAGAGCUGAAUGGUCAGGGAGCAUCUCCUCUGUUGUCUGUUGGACAGAUGUGGAUGUGGAGUCCGUGGGAGUCUGUAGUAUCACAUGCUGGUACUUUUUAUUUGGGUACUGUGUCAGUAAAGCCACAGUCUGUUCAGAAGGACUUUGAAGGAAAUCUGUUUUGUUUUUUUUGUUGUUUUUUUCAUAUCAGCGUUUAAACCUUUUUAAAAAAGAGCAAAGUGUAUCAAUUUAUUUAUUCCUUUUAGAUACAUAUAUUUAUGUUAUAUAUAUAUAUAUUUAUUUAUUUGAGAAUAUAUUUUUACACUUAGAUACAUGAACUAUAGAAAAACCACUAGAAAUUGUAUCGAUUACAUAAAGACUGAGACACUGUACCGUUCAAUCUUUUAUUUUGAAAAAUGCCCAGACAGUGAUAUACUGUAACAUGGCCAAAAAUAUAAAACAUAUAAGCAACAUUUGGAAAACAUCCCCUCAUCUGAAAUGUAUUUUAUUACAAUAAGAUAACUAUGAAUCCAUUCAAAGUGUUUGACACAGUGAUUACAACCAUACUACUGUUACAUGUGUUAUAAUCAGCAUCUGAAGUUGACAUACUGGCAAUACAAACAAUAAAUCUUUUUAAAAAUGA